CGUCAACCCGGCGAGCUAAGCAUAAGGUUGAUGGCCCAGGACGCCAUCGCCCUCAUCGAGCAUCUUGGUUACGAAGACAUCGAUAUCCUAGGAUGGUCCAUGGGAGGCGCAGUUGCACAACAACUUUUGAUCAUCCUUGCGUCUGCCGAGGAUUCAGAAAGCCUGGGGGAGAAUCAUAGAGCUGCAGCUCCCUUUAGAGUUCAUCAUGCUAUUUUGACGGCUACUCUUGCAAAAACUCCCCACGUGGAACCAGUGUUUGGGGAGUGGUUCACGAGUUUCGUUAGCACGUACUCUCCACUACUAUUAGCGAAAGGCGAGCCCGAUGAAGGGAAGGGAGAAGCAAAGAUGAGCGAUGAGCAGAAGAGAGACAUAAUGAAAUGCGCCGUAGAGUGCUUUUUUGAUCCCGAAUUCCUCAAGACUGAGAAGGGGAGGAAGGUAUUCGGUGCCCAUAUGGAUGCCGUUGCCUACAAGCGGCCCAUUGCCCAGAUUGUUCGCCAGGCCCUUGCAGUCCUUAGCCUCGACCUCAGACCUGAACUUCACCUUAUCAAACCUUCCACGAAGGUGCUCAUUAUUCAUGGAACAAAGGAUGAAAUCAUCACACCAUGGCAUGAGGGGAAAGACGUGGCAGACCAUAUCAGACAUGCACAAUGGCUACCCAUCGACCCUGACGGGAAGGUAGAAGGGAGCGCUCCAUCGGAAGAGUUCGGACAUGCUUGGUGGCACUAUUUUGAGAUAGAGGUGUGGGUUGGGGUUGUGCAGACGUUUACGAAGGACGGCGAGAAGUAAGAAAGUCGAUGCAAUCCUCACAAGCGAUUACGCAGUAAGGGGCAGUUUUUGUUAGUCACUCUCGGAGGUGCAACAAUAUAAGUAAGCUCGGACUGGUAGGACGCAGAGUCACGCAU